AUGGCCGACCGCCACCCUCCCCGUAAUACAAUCACCAUGAACCUUCCAUCCGAGAUACUAUUUUUCCAUAUACUACCGAGGGUGCCACUCAAAGCUCUACCCAAUGUAAUGUGUGUUUGCAAGAAAUGGCACUCGUUCUUAAAGUCAAGUGUAUUUGCCAAGACGUGCCAUGACCACAUAACCACCGAUGACGACGACCAUGAUCAAAACCAUCACAAAUAUCCAGUCUUAUCUACCACCAAACCAUACCACUUUCGUAGCAUCGACUGUAAAUCACCUAAAGAUUCUUUAAAGGAUGUCCGUCGAUUACCGUUAAAGACACCAUAUAAUGAUAAUUGCAGUCCCGGAAACAUGUCUAUUUUAACAUCUUUGCAUGGACUGUUAUGCGUAGGCACAUCCAAGGGCGAACAUUCUCAAGAAUAUUCGGAUCUAAUUUUAUGGAAUCCUUUGACAGGUGACUAUAAGACUUGCCGAAACCUAAAAACGGCUGUGAUCAUAAAGAAUGUUACAAGUCCUCUGAAGGUCGAAUCAACAGAGAACUUGGAAUUCCAACAAAGGGCUUCCUACUGGACUUCACUUCGAUGUUACUGGGAGAAUCCAAGUCAUAUUCUGUUGAAUGAAAAACUCUACUUUUUAAUGCAGCUAGAUAGAAGAAGAACCUUUAUUCAGUCAUAUUCAAUUAUCAGGUUCGACACAAAGACUGAAAACUUCACAGAGGUAGCAGUUCCCUCUUUUGGAAAUCAAAUGACAGACUGUUUGGGUUUCAUGGUUCUAAGAGGGUGCAUCCACUUCUGUGUCGCCAUUCUCAUUGAGAAAGAAACUAAUAACGAAAACCAAUGUUGUUAUGAAAUGAUCGAGUUGUGGAGGAUGGAUGGAGAUGGAGAUGGAGAUUGGACGAAGGUGUUAAGUUAUGGCCCCAUGUCGUUUUUUAUAUGGAAGCGAUCGCUACUGCACGUGAUGGGGAAUGGAAAUUUGCUCAUUCAGCAGAAUGGUGAUGUUUACCUAUUAGAUAUUAAGAAGCAUACAAAGGAAAUGGUGUUUACAUGUAAAAGCAUUAAUUACCAACUCUCCCCAACAGGGAAAUACAUUGAGACUAUCUCCCCAGUAGGGAAAUACAUCGAGACUACUCUUUCACCACAUCUAUACGUGCAUAAAUGGAUGAUGAAAAAAAAAGGCUUAGAAUGGCGUACCAAUAGCUCGCGGUGGACAUAUGAAGUAUAUCAAGCCAUGAUCGACAACUAUGAGGAAGAUCAGCGGUGGAUUCAAAGAGAACUGAGUGGGGGCACUUGCCCCCAAUGA